GUUUUCAGAUUAAUUUUGCAAUAAAACAUUAUACAUUUUAUAACAACCGUUAAUUAGUUCAUUUAUAGUCUACAAUAAACGGUCUAAUUUUACUGGCUUUGAUGUAGAAUAAAAUCUAAUGUGUUAUAUUUUGUAAGAAAAAAACUGUUGGGAAGGAUUCAUGGUCAAGUACACCCAUAACAAACAAGCGUUAAAAACCAAAUUGUGAAUAUGAAUAAAAAAACUAGACAGUUUCUACUCACUGGUCCACCAGGUUGUGGAAAAACCACACUGGUGGAAAAGGUUUGUGGAUCUUUGAAGAAACUGAAUAUUCCAGUCUAUGGAUUCUACACUGAAGAGUUGAGAGUGAGAGGAAGACGUCAGGGAUUUGAUGUUGUUACGCUCGACGGACAGCGAGCUGUGCUAGCAAGAAUUCUUGAACCAGGAGUACGACAUAAUGGACCAAUAGUGGGUCAGUAUGCAGUGAAUAUACCAUCCUUUGAGCAAGCAGUGUUGCCCUUGUUGGCCAAGUCUGAAACUGGAGUUGGAAUCAUUGAUGAGAUUGGAAAAAUGGAAUUAUUCAGUAAAGACUUCAGUAAUAAAGUUAAACAGAUUUUCUGUGAGAACAGAGUGCUACUUGUAACAAUACCAGUCAGACCUUUACCUUAUGUCGAUCGGUUGAAAUCAGAACAUCCCUCUGCAGUUGUCAUUGAGGUCAAUGGAAACAACCGAGAUACUCUGGAACCUCAGUUAACUAAAAUGAUUGUUGAUGCAAUUAAUGGAUAGUUCCACAUCAUGAGAAUUUUGUAAAGUGAUUUGAUUAUUAAUACAUUUUUCUCAGUAAA